CCUUGACCAGACGCGGGCGCGCUCAGUUACCGCGCGGCUCUCUGCUAGUAUCAUCGUGUUAAGAAACUCUAAAGACAACGUACUCGUGUAAGCUGUCGUCACGUAAUAUAAACACGAACUUCCCUUAUUCUUAGCAACUCCAGACUCAUCUGUUGCCUAGACUCAAAGUCAAAAUGCGCGUUGCGAGACGACUUUACUCAUAUGGUGUUGCGUAUUUUGUAAUAUUGCGGAGUGCGUAUUUACGUUACAAAAUAAAUUUUGAAUAAUGAUAUAAUUGACUAUUUUAAUAAUGAAAGACGUUAAUAUGAAAUCAAAGAAUAAUGAAAUGGACCAACAAGCAGAGCUGGAGGAACUGUUGCAGAAGCCUAACAACGUGCAGUUGUUGCCUGAUAGAAGAAAACACGCAACAAUUAUACCCAGUCAAACAUCGAGCAGAGAAAAAUCUCGACCACCACAAACAGUAUCAGAAGACGAGCAGACCGACGUUGUGAGUUCGGUUAUUGGCCAUUAUGGACGUUGGCAACUUCUCAUCACAUUCCUGUUAGCACUGUUCUCGUUUCCCUGUACCUUCCACAUCUACCUCCCAACAUUUACUGCAAAAACAACACAGUUCUGGUGUCGAAGGCCCGAAAACUUGUCAGAUCUGCCAGUCGAUAUAUGGAUAAAAUACAGUCAGCCGAAAGACGCAUGUAGUGUGCGUGUUAUUUCACCAAAUAUCACCUCAGCCUAUAUUUUAAGUAAUCCAAAUUAUACAAAUCCUUCUGAAGAGAUAAUCAAAUGCGACGCUUGGGAAUUCAAUAGAUCUGAAGUGGGCGACACAAUAAUCUCAGAAUGGAACUUGGUGUGCGACAGAGCUUAUCUCACAAGUUUAGCAGAAGUAUUCUUCUUGGUUGGUGUUGGCAUUGGAGGAGUUGUGGGUGGAUGGAUCUCAGAUAGAUUCGGUCGCAAACGAAUACUUAUGGGCAUGGCAGUAACACAGAGCGUACUGGCUAUCCUUGCUCUAUUGGUUCGUUCCUUCGUUCAAUAUAUUAUUGUGAGACUGGUGAUGGGACUCGUCUCAGUGUCUGUGGUUUAUGCAGCAUUUGUGUUAUCUGUGGAAAUCGUGGGUGGAAAAUGGGUGACGAUUGCUGGAGUAUGCAACUUCUUUCCACUACCACUAGCGUACAUCAUUGUAUCGCUAGUAUCACUAGUAUUACCAAACUGGCGUGAUUUAACAUUGUCACUGUCGAUACCUGGUUGUGCGCUUCUUGUCUUAUGGUUCAUAUUACCAGAGUCACCGAGAUGGCUACUAAGUAUGGGAAGAACACAAGAAGCAAAAGCUAUAUUGAUAAAAGCAGCAAAAUUCAAUAAACUUGAAAUACCAGCAGAUUUGGAUAAAAUGCUUAUGGUUCAUAAACCUGAGAUGCAAGAUCAGGAGCCAAGUGUACUAUUAUUAUUUAAAGGCUAUUUACGGAAGAGAACCGUUUGUUUAUUUGUGGCAUGGUUUGCGAUGACAAUUGCUUACUAUGGCUUAUUGUUGAAUAUCGGCAAUUUUAAUUUGGGAAACUUACACGUUACGUCUAUAAUAUUGGCCGUGGUCGAGAUUCCAGCCAUAGCCAUGAGUAUCCCUAUUCUUCUGAAGGCUGGUAGACGUAUUCCCAUAUUUAUCAGUAUGGUAGUGUGUGGUCUAGCGUGCGUUGCAAGCGAGCUGUUUUCGACGUUUAUCAAAACUGAAUGGGUUGUGAUCGUAUGUCUCACUAUUGGCAAGUUUGCGAUCGGUUCUACCAAUAUGAUGCUUCCAAUAUUCACUGCCGAGCUUUAUCCCACUAUGAUAAGGAAUCUUGGUGUUGGUGCAAGUCAAAUAGCUGCUGGACUGGCAUUAAUUGGCAUUCCGUACUUAUGGAAAUUAACGGUACUCAACGACCAUCUGCCAAUGGUAACAAUCGCUGCUUUGAGCGUGGUUGGUGGUGCUAUUGUUUUAGCUCUACCUGAUACUUCGAGGUCCAAAGUAUCCGAGUCACAUACUGACAACGUAACGCCUACGUUUGACAGUUCGUCGCCGUGCAAUGGUACAUUCACCAUAUCCGACGACAGAGGGCGCUAAUAAAUACAAACAAAUGUUUAAUUUUUAAUGUGUACAUGAUAUUGUGAAAAACAUUUUAAUAAACACAGUGAGAUAAUUAUUUUAACGAAUUUAAUAAAUAGUAAGAUAUUAAUUAAGUAAACGUGUAAAAUAUUUGUUACAAGUUUCAGUUGUAAUUUUAGUACCUGUAUAUUUUUAGGAUUACCAUGGAAAAACAUAUAAUAUAGAGUCUUGUAGGUCUAUCUGAUUACGUAACGUAAUCUCGUCUUACAUGUUUUUUUUCGGAAGCACAAAGGGCAACCCAUACCCUCUCAUUUUCAUAAAAAUACUUAUCAUAAUAUAUGUCACAAAUAGUACAGUCUUAUUACAAAAAGUGGUUGUCGUAACAUAUGCGCAAACAAAAAUUAUGUAUUAAUUAUAAUUUUAAUAACAUAGUUAUACGUUAUGAAUAAAAAAAAUUAUAAAUCGAUCAAUCUUUAUUGCAUAGAUUUAUAGUUACCUACAUACAUAUACAACAAUGAAAAUGUUACCACCUAAGUCACUUAAUUAUUUUAGAAGUUCGUUUUGCUUUGUAAAUCCUGUAAUGCUUAUUAUAAAAAUAAUGUGUGCGGCUGGAUCGUUAUCACAAACUUUAUAAUAUCAAACUAUUUAUAAUGUAUUAAACGUGUAAAAUUAAGAUUGUCUUAAUAUAAGUAUAUUUUCGAUAACUUAGAUAUAGUAUGACUUAGAUGCACAUAGCAUAAAAUAUAAAAAUGCGUUUGUAAUUAAUUAUACCUACUAUUACAAUUAUAAAUUUGUGGCACAGUUAGAAACGUUAUUCAUUAAAGAUGUAUUUAAAUGUACCUAAUACUAUUUUAUAAGUUAUAGUAAAUAAGAUAUCUGAUAUAAUUUUAAGUAUUACAUGAAAUGCAUAAUUGCAUUUAAUAACUUUACAACACGUCAAUUUUAAUUCCAAGCUCUAUGUUAUCAAAACCGUAUAUUUAAAAAAAUCUAUUUGGAUUAUGAAAUAUAAAUUCAUCCAUUGUCGGUAAACUUACAAAUUCAAACAGACUGUACCCAAUAAUAACAUUAUAAAUAAAUAAGUACCCUCCUAUGUUUAAUUAAAAUAAGAUCUAAAAUGUAGUAAAUGUAAAGUGUUUAUUCUGACGAGAUAUUGCUUAUUUAUAUUAUUUAUUUAUUUAUAUUUCAUUGUACACAUUAAUAAUACAUAAAGAAAUAUAGCAGUGGAAAGCAAAUAUACAAAAAUAAACUUGUUCCAGCAAAUCCAAAGCGGAGAGAAGCAGCAAUAUUAAAAGUUAUGUAUAAACUUAAAUUUAUACAUAACCAGUUAUAUCAAUACUUAGCCACAUAAGUUAUUCAAAAUUAGAAAUAUCCUUAAAAUUAUUUACUAUAGCGCUGAGGUUAUAGUAAUUCAAUUUACUUGUACAUAUUAUUAAUUUUUAGAAGUUUUAUUAUAAUUUAAUAUCAGUAUUUAAAUACUAUCUUAAAUAUCUUAGUAUUAUCUUAAAUAAUCUUAUAUGCCAUUAGUUGCCAGGCCCAUGUUUAAUUCUGAAACAAAUGUUAUAAUUUUUAAAAAUAACUUGUCUGUAGAUAUGAUUAAAAUUGUAAACUUGUUGAAUUGUUCUAUGCUAGCCGUCAAUCUCUCUUGGUCAUACUUUUGAAUAAAGGCUAAUUAGUCUUAUUUUUAUACAGUAAUAUUUUAUAGUGUCCACCUACUUGAAAAGAAAAUAUUACACCUUAUAUGUACCUGGCUUUUUUACAAUAAAUUAUUUUUGUUAUUAAUGCAUAAUUUCAUCGAAAAUAAAUUUAACACAAAAUUACGAUUUAAAAUAUCACAAUUUAUUUCGUGGAUAGAACAUCAGGUUUCUUUUAUUUAUAAUAUUAAAAAACUGCUCUAAGUAAUCAUAGUAUACCAAAUUUGUACGUUCAAAAUUAACUAACAAAUUGGUCGCGCAAACUGAUCACAUGAGUUAUAAUCAAUUAUCAAACAUAGUAUGACUUCAUGUAAUGAUUAACGAGAUGUGAUCAUCAUAUCUAUUCUCCGAUUAAGUAGAUAUCCUUACUAAUAUUAUGAACAUGAAAGUGUGUUUGUUUGUUACCUCUUGGCAUUUUAACGGCUUCGUCAUUCGUUAUAAAAUUUGGUAUACCCGUACUAUUUGGGAUGGAGAAGAAUAGAGAAUACUGUUUUCAACCAAUAUAAUCCAAUUACUCGAACAAAUUCGCAAGUAAAGACUUUAUAAUAAGAUAUACAAUCUUCGAUCUUUUUAAUAUAUAAAAUAUAAGGCUCUGCGGUUACCUGCUAAUGAAGAAUAUAUUAUUAUUAUUAUUCAAAAACGACCCAAUAAUUAAAAAAAAAAACCUAUGCAUUCUUUGUCAUUCUUCAUCUUCAUGUUUUCAUAUUUGGUCAUUAAAAUUUUUAAUAAUGUGUAAUUAAUGCUUAAAAAUUAUCUGUCUCUAUACCUAGAGGCAUAAAAAUUUUUUCCACUUAACAAUGUCUUAUAAUACUAAUUAGAAUUCAAAUGGAUUACUAUAUAAUUGUAUUUCAUAUAAGAUUAGAUAAACAAGUGUUCUGAAAUAAGUGAAAUUAAUAAGAUGUAUAUUAUUUAGGCUUCGUACUUAGUACUUAUAUGGAUGUAAAAUAAAACCGAAAAUAUAUAGUAUAAAAAAAAAAUUACUCACAUUAUACUUAAUACAUUAAAGCUGUUAUCAAUUGCCUAAUGAAUUAAUCACAAUUUUAGCUAUGUUCAAUUAUAAACCAAAAAUGAUUAAAUGGUUCUUUUUUA